GCCAGCAUGGAAAAUGCAUUUGCACCGAUCAGUGAGGCGUGCGUGAAGGCGCUUAGCGAUAAAACGUACGAUAAGCGAAAAGUGGCCGCACUGGAGAUAGAGAAGAUGGUGACAGAUUUUAAGACGAAAAAGAACAUGACCCAAAUCAAACGCAUUAUCGAUGUGCUGAGCCGAGAUUUUGUGCGCUCGAAUGAUUCGAACAAAAAGAAGGGCGGCCUGAUAGCGCUCGCGGCGACCAGUAUCGCGCUCGGGAAGGACACGGAAAAGUUCAUCGAGGAUAUCGUCAACCCGAUUAUGAACUGUUUGAUCGACAACGACAACAGGGUGCGAUUUUUCGCCAGCGAAUCACUGUACAACGUGGUGAAGGUUGCACGCGGUGCCGUCCUGCCGUUCUUUCCGAGCGUGUUUAACGCGCUCAGCCGGCUCGUGACUGAUCCGGAUCAGAGCAUCAAGAAUGGGAGCGAAAUUUUGGACCGCCUGCUGAAGGACAUUGUGAUCGAGUCGCAAACGUUCGAUCUGGACGCGUUCAUUCCACUGGUGCGGGAGCGCAUCAUGGUGAAGAGUUCGUUCGCCCGGCAGUUCAUCAUCUCGUGGAUAUCGGUGCUGAAUGCGGUGCCGGAGAUAAACAUGGUAAUGUUUCUGCCGGAAAUAUUGCACGGUUUGUUUCAGAUUCUGGAGGAUCCACUGCCAGAGAUUCAGCGCAUGUGCGAGUCCCUGCUGGCCCAGUUUCUCAAGAUAAUCAAGUUGGAUCCGAGCGCCGCCGACAUACCGAAGAUGACGAACGUGCUGAUUGUGCAGGCCCAGUCGAGCAAUCCGCUGAUACAGUUUUAUGCCAUCUCAUGGAUCAAGGAGUUUGUGCAGCUGUCCGGUGGCGAGAUACUGUCCUUUGCGAGUGGCAUAUUUACCGCCAUCCUGCCCUGUUUAGCGUUUGAAAGUGAUGCGAAAAAGCACAUUAAGGAUUGUGCGAACGCGGUUAAUCUGAACCUACUCGAGCUGAUAUCGAACGGUGAGGAGAAGCAGAAGAAUCUCAGCUAUCUCGAUCUAAACUCGGUGAUGGAGGUGUUGCGCCAGUAUCUUGUCCACAGUCCCGUGCCGACGAAGAUUGCCGUGCUGAAAUGGGUGCACCAUCUGUUUACCGAGGUGCACGACGAAAUGUCGGAGCAUGCGAACAAGCUGUUUCCGGUGCUGUUGCGCGACUGUCUGUCGGACAGCUCGGACGAGGUAGUACUGCAGGCGAUCGUUGUGCUGGCGGAAAUUGUAAACUCGGCCACGGUUAAGGGUAACGAUUUCGAUCAAACCCAAUACCGACAAUUUCUAGUGGAGCUGGUAAAUCUGUUCAGCGAGAACAACACCUUCCUCGAGAAGCGUGGCACGUUGAUUAUCAGGCAGCUGUGCCGGUUACUGAACGCCGAAUACAUCUACCGUACGUUUGCGGAAAUUUUGUUAGAGGAACAGAUCAAUCUUAAAAUUGCCUCAACCAUGGUACGAACGCUCAACAUGAUACUGCUCACGACGUCCGAUCUUUUCGAUCUGCGCAGCAUGCUGCACGAUAUACGAAAUGAGAAAUCUGCCUCAUUAUUUGAGUGCCUUUAUCGAUGCUGGGCCCACUGUCCUGUUUCGACACUGUCACUCUGUCUACUGGCGCAGUGCUACCAACACGUCUCGGAAAUCGUCACGUUAUUCGCUGAUAUUGAAAUAACUGUUGAUUUUUUGGUGGAAAUCGAUAAGAUGGUUCAGCUUAUAGAAUCGCCAAUAUUUGCCUCUUUACGUCUAGCCCUAAUUUCUCAUUCGAACGAUAAUGCUGAUGCUCAACAUUUGUCACGAGCAUUGUACGGCAUCCUGAUGCUGCUGCCUCAAUCAGAAGCGUUCCACUUGCUGAACAAUCGCUUAAAGUGUGUGCCUAACUAUUGGAGCCAACCGAACAAGAUCAGCUCGAAAUCAACGAACGAAAGCCAGUGCAACAUAAAAUUUGACGAACUGUUCAUCUAUUUCAAGCACAUACAAGAUCUGCAUCAUCAGAAGCGCGUCGAGAAGCGUAAGAAAAAUCAAUUCUAAAU